AGCCCCGCAUCCAGCCCCCUCUUCCUGCCGCCUGCCCCCGCUCUCUCUCUCGCGCGCGCGCUUCUCCCGGUGGGAUGGGAGUCCCCCGGAAUCCUCCUCCUCCUCCUCCCCCGUAAGCAGGCGGCGGGGGCCCCGAGUUCGGUGCAAAAAUGCUGGGCAUGUACGUGCCGGAUAGGUUCGCCCUGAAGUCGUCCCGGGUGCAGGACGGGAUGGGGCUCUACACGGCCCGCAGAGUGAAGAAGGGUGAAAAAUUUGGCCCCUUUGCAGGGGAGAAGCGAAUGCCGCAGGAACUGGAUGAGAACACAGACUGCAGGCUCAUGUGGGAAGUUCGUGGUAGCAAAGGCGAGGUCCUUUAUGUCCUGGAUGCGAGCAAUCCACGCCAUUCCAACUGGCUGCGCUUUGUCCAUGAGGCUCCAUCCCAGGAACAGAAGAACCUGGCAGCCAUCCAGGAAGGGGAAAAUAUUUUCUACCUGGCUGUGGAAGAUAUUGAAACAGACACAGAACUUCUGAUUGGGUACUUGGACAGUGACAUGGAAGAAGAGGAAGAGGAGGAGGAAGAGGUAACCCUUAUCCAGGAAGUUGAAGACAGUGGCAACAAUAAAGAAAUGCAGCCAGCUGGUGAAAAAAUUGCAGAUCCCCUCACCUGUAAAGAGGACCAUGCAUGCCCACACUGUGAAUCCAGUUUUGCCAGCCAGGAGAUUCUAGCUGAACAUCUGCAGACUUUGCACCAAAAGCCCAGUGAGGAAAAGGAAUUUAAGUGCCGAAAUUGUGGAAAGAAAUUCCCUGUUAAACAAGCUCUACAAAGACAUGUCCUGCAGUGCACAGAGAACAUCAGCCCAGGAGACUCCUCCAGAAGCUUUCAGUGCUCUGUUUGCAAUACUGCCUUCAGCUCAGAAUCGAGCUAUGAGCAGCACAAGGAGGCGUGCAGAGGGGAUGCCAGGUUCAUCUGCAAGGCAGAAAGCUGUGGGAAGAGGUUCAAGAGUAAGGAUGCCCUGAAAAAGCACAAAGAAAAUGUCCACAGUGGAAAUUCUAGGAAGAAGCUGAUGUGUUCAGUGUGCAAUAAGAAAUGUUCCUCAGCAACAAAUCUCCAAGAGCAUCGAAAGGUCCACGAGAUCUUUGAGUGUCAGGAAUGCGACAAGAAAUUUAUUUCAGCAAACCAGCUGAAGCGCCACAUGAUAACUCACUCAGAAAAACGCCCCUACACCUGCGAGGUUUGCAAUAAGUCCUUCAAACGACUUGAUCAAGUGACUGCACACAAAAUAAUACACAGUGAAGAUAAACCUUAUAAAUGCAAGCUCUGUGGAAAGGGAUUUGCCCACAGAAAUGUUUACAAGAAUCACAAGAAGACACAUUCCGAGGAGAGACCAUUCCAGUGUGAGGAGUGCAAGGCUUUGUUCCGCACCCCGUUCUCCCUCCAAAGGCAUCUGUUAAUCCAUAACAGUGAGAGGACCUUCAAGUGUGAUCACUGUGAUGCUACUUUCAAAAGAAAGGACACGUUAAAUGUUCAUAUUCAAGUUGUACACGACGGACAUAAGAAAUACAAGUGUGAUCUCUGUGACAAAGCUUUUGUGACACCCUCAGUCCUGAAGAGCCAUAAGAAAACUCACACAGGAGAAAAAGAGAAGAUUUGCCCAUAUUGUGGACAGAAGUUUGCAAGCAAUGGAACACUGAGAGUUCAUAUUCGAAGCCAUACAGGUGAGCGUCCCUACCAGUGUCCUUACUGUGACAAAGCCUUCAGCAAGAACGAUGGCCUGAAGAUGCACAUCCGCACCCACACGAGGGAAAAGCCGUACCAGUGCUCGGAGUGUAACAAGGCUUUCAGUCAGAAGCGGGGCCUGGACGAGCACAUGAGGACCCACACCGGGGAGAAGCCGUUCCAGUGUGAUGUCUGUGACCUGUCCUUCAGCCUGAAGAAGAUGCUGAUCCGCCACAAGCUGACCCACAACCCCAACCGGCCCAUGGCAGAGUGCCAGCUGUGCCACAAGAAGUUCACGAGGAAUGACUACCUCAAAGUGCACAUGGAAAACGUCCAUGGGGAGACCGACAGCUGAUUACGGCCUCGGGGAGAGGAAUGGAUCCAAAGCGCUGCAUUUGGACAUGUGCAGAUCCAGGCUUUUCACCUGGCUUGGAGAAAUAGUCAGGAGAAACAACUGGAAUGUGAUUUUUUUCCCCCCCACCACUUUUUAAAAAAUAGGCUAGUAGAAAAAAAAACAACCAAGGAAAGACGUUCACCUGAUUUAUGACAUAACUUGAAAAGAAAAAGUUGAAGAUAAAAGAACUCGGGGAAAAUUUUUUAUCUUCAUUUGAAAAAAGAAAAAAGGCAAAAAAAAAGCUUUAAGCAAACUUGUCUUUGUUAAUUACAUCCCUAGAAACGUAGAUAUUAAUAGCAUUACCUGGAAAUCCUGGACACUUGCAACUGAACCCUUGGCUGUCUGCAAUUGUAUUUCUGUAUCUAAGCUACAAGGCUCCAUUAAAAUUAUUUAAUGUGAAACCACACAGAA